AGAUUCCAUUCCUCCUCGUCGGCGAGAACGAUGGCUUGCAGAGCCGCCAAUUCGAGCGUCAUCGAGCUCAGUAUCUCCAUGAUCGAGCAAUGCAUCACCAAGAAGAACCUCAGCCUCGGCAAGCUUAUCCAUGGCCGCCUCCUGAAGAGCGCGCUUACUCUCCACACCCUCCUCGCCAACCGGCUUCUUGAUAUGUACUCCAAGUGCGGCACUUUCGACCACGCCCAAGCACUGUUCGACGAAAUGCCUCACAGGAAUCACCAGUCUUGGAACACCCUUCUCGGCGCUUUAUCUCGUGCCGGGCACCUUCAUGCCGCCCGGCAAUUGUUCGACGAAAUGCCUGAACGAAACCUCGUCAGCUUCAACACUAUGAUCUCAAGCCUAGCUCACUCCGGGCAUCAAAUGGAAGCUCUAUCUCUCUUUCGCCGACUGCGAAGAGAUAGCAUGGUUGAUGAGAAGAUGGAUAGAUUCACCGUUGUCGCUGUCGCAAUGGCGUGCGCUGGGUUGGAAGAUCUCCACGCUGUACGCCAGCUUCACGCGGCCGUGGUUGUUUCCGGGAUGGAGAUGAACCUUAUAAUGUCCAACGUGAUGAUCGAUGCCUACGGGAAGUGCGGCUAUGCAGAGGCUUCGUCUUCUCUCUUCGAUCGAAUGGGGCCGAGAGAUGUCGUCUCGUGGACAUCGUUGAUCGGAGCAUACGCGCGAGCUAACCAGCUCGAAAAGGCUUGUCAAGUGUUCGAAAGAAUGCCUGUCAGAAACUCGGUGUCAUGGACGGCGUUGAUUUCAGGGUACGAGCAGCACGGGCACGAGGCAGUGGCGCUGGAGCUCUUCCAGCGGAUGAUGGAGGAGAGAGUGGAGCCAACUCCAUUCACAUUGGUGUCUCUUCUCAGCGCGUGCGCAAGACUAGGGCUCAUAGGGAGGGGAACAGAGCUCCAUGGGUACAUCGUGAGGAGACAUCCCUUCAAUCUCUUUGAGCACAAUGCACUGAUUGAUAUGUAUGCAAAAUGCGGCAAUAUAAGCUUGGCGACGAAGGUGUUUGCUGAAAUGCCUGAAAGAGACUUCAUUUCUUGGAAUUCGAUGGUCACUGGCUUCGCACAGAAUGGGCAUGGAGAGCUGUCACUGAGCGUGUUUAGAAGUAUGAUUGAUGUAGGUGUGAAGCCAAACAACGUGACAUUCCUCGCUGUGCUCACGGCUUGCAGCCAUGCUGGUCUAGUCUCCGAGGGAGGCCAAAUGUUGCGCAUGAUGGAGGAGUACAAUUUGGUUCCCAAGCCUGAGCAUUAUGCUGCAUUCAUUGAUGCUCUUGGCCGGAAGCGCCAGCUCAGCGAGGCAAUGGAGUUCGUUGAAAGUUUGCAUCUUGGUGGUGGAAUGGAUGCCAUUGGUGUAUGGGGAGCUCUUCUUGGUGCUUGUCAAGUGCAUGGUGAUCUUGAGCUUGCAAAGAAGGCAGCUGAAUCAUUGUUUGUGUUGGAUCCGCAGAACGGCGUUCGAUAUAUCACAUUGUCCAAUAUCUACUCAGCGGCCGGGCGGUGGGACGAUGCCCGGAGACUCAGAGCAGUGAUGAAGGAGAAAGGAUUGAAGAAGGAUCCAGGUUGUAGUUGGAUUGAAGUGAGGAGCAUCAAGCAUGUCUUUGUAGCUGAAGAUAAGUCCCAUUUUGCAGUGGAAGAGAUUUAUGGAAUGCUUAGUUUGCUGGUUGAUCAAAUGAAACAAAGUGAAGAAUCAGACUCCUUCAGGCAUUUCGUCGAAUAGCUUGUGAAGUUUCAGGUGAU